CUCAAAGUACUAUCAACAUGGCAAAGCUCAAUGGCACCCCCACCAACUUCCUCCCCAACUCCCACAUUGAAGCUGCCCAGUCUGUGACACCAACCAAGGCAACUGAUCCAAGACUGUCACGCCAAGUGGCUGUCACAGACUCUGCCUCCUCAGCCAUUUUCCGGAAGCGAUUCCAAGCCAUUCUGUACUACAAGAAGGCCUUGAGUGAGGAGUCAGGGUGGUUGUUGGUGGGGUGGAUGAAGUUGUCGCUCGGGAAGGCUUUGGAGGAGCAACCUAUCCUUGCUGGGAGGCUCCGGAGAGGGGAAGGAGGCAAAGGGGAAUUGGAGAUUGUGUCAAAUGAUAGUGGUGUCAGAAUGAUUGAAGCACGGAUCUCCACAACCUUGGAAGAGUUUCUUGAUUUGAAGGAGAGGGAAGAUGCAGAGGCUGAGCUUGUGUUUUGGAAUGAUGUUGAUGAUCAAAAUCCUCAGUUUUCUCCAUUGUUCUAUAUCCAGGUGACUAACUUCCAGUGUGGAGGAUACUCAAUUGGGAUUAGCUGCAGCCUUGUACUAGCAGAUCCUUUGGCCAUCAUAAGCUUUCUAAGGAGAUGGGUCGACAUUCACAACCAUAUGGUCUCUGAAGCUGAUGAGGCCAAACCACCUCUCUUCUACCUCCCUAAUUUCAAACCAAAUGGCACUUUUCUCACCAACCCAAUUGGCUCAAACCAGACCAAACACCGCGGCAAAAUUAUGAUCUUCAAAUCUUCCACCAUCAAAGAUUUGAAUUUGAAUGAUGAGGCACGCAAGGCACUCGCAUUGCAGUGUGUCGAGGAGGCAGAGAGCAAGUUUGGUGUCAAAAUGGCUUCAGAUUUAUCUUUGUUUGUGAAAGAACUCUCAGAGGAGGUCAUAAAGGUAGAGAAAUUUGCAAGAGAAGGGCUUCUGCAGAAGCCAAAGGGGUGUGGGAGUGGACUCAGUUGUGCAAAUUGGGAAGAUUUAGGGGCUAGUGAAGUAAAUUUCUUUGAAGGGAACAGGCCUGUUUGUGUUUCUUAUUGGAUUAAUUCUGUCCCUGGUGAAGGAUUUGUGAUCCUAAUUCCAUCUGUUGAUGAGAGUGUCUCUGAAAUGAACAUCGUUGUCACAGUUCCUAGUGAGACAGAGAUGUAACCACCCCUUUACUUGGAUGAUCCAUAGACCUUUUGGUUUUAGAUUUCUUUCUAGUUUCAGCGUGUGGUAUUAAGAAUUCUUGUACAAGUGAAUGAUCAGUGUGGCGGUCUAAGGGUCUUGUACCUUAUUAAGAGGUCAGGAUCUCGAUUCUUUCCACCACUUGUAGAACAUUUCAUGUGUAAUUGUUGAGUUUAUUAUAUGUUUGUGGUAA